UACGCAUGCGCGUUAGAGUGUUAGAAUUUGGCGCGUUUCCUUUUCUGCUGAGGCCCGCGGUACUGCUGCAGAAAUGCCUAAGCGCUCUUACCCCUUCGACAGCCUUGCCCCGCCGCAGCUGAAGACACACGUAGGGCAGAAGGAGCUCAUCCAGGGCGUGUGUGGAGAGAGCCUGAAGCGGGAGAUCUUUGAAAGGACCAAAAAACUCCUGUUCAGUGGAGCGAAGGCCAUUAUGGGAAACCAAGGGAACCAGAAUAAGAAUGGUAAUCCAGAGGAGGAGCCCCCAGUGCACGAGCUACUGACGGGGCAGACCACCAUUGGACAAGAUGGAAAGCUGCACAGAUCGUCGCGGACAUCAGCGCAGCCGGUGGAGGGAUCCAGAGCGUGCUCCUCCUGUGUACGAUCAGUUGGUGAGAAAGAGGCGUGCAAACAGUGUGAGCGCUACAUCUGUAGAGGCUGCAGCAAGCCGUGCUCUUGUUGCUCUACUGUCACUUGCUCCAGUUGUUCAGUUCUUGUUGACGGAGAUCUCGGAGAGCGAGCGUUCUGCGCAGCUUGUUCUGUAUACGAAGUGUAAACCGGGGAAGCCAUCCUACAGAUUGCAUGUUGUCUGUGUUUUAUGUCUGUAAUUUUAUGUUGAUAUUUUGUAUGUAUUUUAUAUCUAAAUUCGAGUAAUGAAAUAAAGUUUAUAAUGAA